AAACAUUGUGCUACUUAGCAUGUCAGGGCUUCUGUAUUUACUAAAAACUAAAUUAUAAUUACCUGCAUGACAGUCUGGUGAGUAGUCCGUGCUGUUUGGUCUCUGUUAUCUGUUAAGAAACCAUGUUAAAGUUCAAAUACGUCAGUCAGGGAAACCUGAAAAUGCAGCCGUCCUCUGCGGACCCCAUCACCAGCCGCAGCUCGAGACUCAACCAAGUGUUUCAGGGCCGAGUCAGCCUGUGUGGGCAGCAAGCAGCAUGCACUUUGGGUCGGGAGGAGUUUCUGGAGGCUCUGCUGCUACUGUACCAAGAGUGCACCUCUCCAGACCUUAUGAAGAUACAUCAUGUAGCAAACUUUGUCAAUAAGUUUUCUGAAGUGGUCUCAGAGCUGCGGGGCAUGCAGCCAAGUCUUUCUGACUUUGAACUGCGUGCAGUGGUGGGUCGUGGUCGGUUUUCCGAGGUCCAAGUCGUCCGGGAGAAGGCGACUGGAGAUGUCUGUGCACUGAAAGUAAUGGACAAGACGGUUUUACGCACUCAAGAAAAUGUGGUUUUCCAUGAGGAGGAGCGUAGGAUCUUGGCUCUGAACAGCAGUCCCUGGAUCCCGCAGCUUCUCUACGCCUUCCAGGAUAAAGAACAUGUCUACCUGGCGAUGGAGUACUUGCCCGGCGGCGACUUGAUGUCACUGCUAAACCGAUACGAGGAUCAGUUUGAUGAGUCCAUGGCUCAGUUCUAUUUGGCCGAGCUGGUAGAGGCCAUUCAUGCGGUCCACCAGCUGGGCUAUGUCCACAGAGAUGUCAAACCAGAGAACGUUCUCAUCGAUCGGACUGGUCACAUUAAGCUGGCAGACUUUGGAUCAGCUGCCAGGCUGACUGUUAACAAAACAGUUGCAGCUCCCACAGUGCCUGUUGGCACCCAGGACUUCCUCUCCCCCGAGGUCCUGGCAGCCAUGAAUGGGGGCUCUCACAGCACCUACGGCGUUGAGUGUGAUUGGUGGUCCCUUGGGGUCAUAGCCUAUGAGAUGAUCUAUGCCAGGUCGCCCUUUUCUGACGGCACUUCCACCAAGACAAUCCACAACAUCCUUAACUUUCAGCGUUACCUGAAGUUUCCGGAGCAGCCCCGGGCCAGUAAGCAGUUUGUAGAUCUGCUGCAGAGUUUGCUGUGCGGAGCCAAGGAGCGACUGGGUUUCCAGGGACUCCGCUGUCACUCUUUCUUCUCCAGUGUAGACUGGAACCACUUAAGACAAGUUCUCCCGCCUUUCGUUCCUGCGUUGCACGCUGAAGAUGACACCUCUAAUUUUGAGGAGCCGGAGCAGGCAGCCCCCCGGCCAGCCUCAGCAGCCCAGCGAGGAGCUCUGCCAGCGGGCUUCCAGGGCCAGGAUCUGCCCUUUCUAGGUUGGUUCUUCAGCAGAGCGUUGACAACAUUGGCCAAAACUGAGUCAGUGUCUGCAGGUCUCAACUCUCCUGCUAAGACCAACUCCAUGGAAAAGAAACUGCAUCUUAAAAGCAGAGAAUUACAAGAAACUCAAGACAAAUGUCACAAGAUGGAGCAGGAGAUCUCCAGGUUCCAGCGUAAGAUGACUGACCUGGAGUCAGUUCUCCACCAGAAGGAUGUGGAGCUUAAGGCAUCCGAGACUCAAAGGAGCAUUCUGGAGCAAGACCUCGCCACCUACAUCACUGAGUGCAGUAGCUUGAAGCGAAGCUUGGAGGAGGCACGUGUGGAGGUCUCCAGAGAGGAUGACAAGGCCAUGCAGCUGCUGCACGACAUCCGCGAACAGAGCAACAAGCUGCAGGAAAUUAAAGAGCAAGAGUACCAUGCCCAGCUUGAGGAGAUGCAAGUCACCAUCAGGCAGCUGGAGGAAGACCUGUCAGCUGCCCGACGCCGCAGCGACCUCUACGAAGCUGAACUUAGAGACUCCAGGCAAACAAGUGAGGAACUCAAAAGGAAAGCUGUGGAAUACCAGCAGAGAAUCCAGAAGGCUAAAGAACAGGGCAAAGCCGAUGUGGAGGAGCUUCUCUCCAAACUAGAGAAGACCAACUCUGAGCAGCAGGUGAAAAUUCAGGAGCUUCAGGAUAAGCUGUCCAAGGCAGUGAAAGCGAGCACAGAAGCCACUGAGCUGCUGCAGAAUGUUCGGCAGGCCAAAGAGCGGCUGGAACGAGACCUUGAGCGUCUGCGAGGCAAAACCGACUCCAGUGACACUUUAAAGCGCCGCCUGAGAGAGACAGAGGAGGGCAGGAAGACCCUGGAGAACCAGGUAAAGAGGCUGGAGAUGGUCGAGCGGCGGGAGAAUAAGCUGAAAGAUGACAUUCAGACCAAAUCCCAGCAGAUCCAGCAGAUGGCUGAAAAGAUCCUGGAACUGGAGGAGAAUCUGAGAGAUGCUCAGUCAACAGCCCAGAGGAUGGAAACCCAACUGGUUCAAAAGGAGAGGCUUUAUGAAGACAAGAUCAAGGUUCUGGAGGCCCAGAUGAAGGUGGACCUGGCUGACAAGGAGAGCCUCGAAGCCAGAAGGGCUCAGCAGGAGGAGGAGUCGAGGGAGAACUGCAAACUCAUCAGUGAACAGAAAGCGACCAUUAAUGCUAUGGAUUCCAAGAUGAAGAACCUGGAGCAGCGCAUCGCUGAGCUGUCAGAGGCUAACAAGCUGGCCGCUAACAGUAGCAUCUACACCCAGAAGAAUAUGAAAGCCCAGGAGGAGAUGAUCUCAGAGCUUCGGCAGCAAAAGUUCUAUUUGGAGUCUCAGGCAGGCAAGCUAGAGGCCCAAAAUGCCAAACUGGAGGAGCACCUGGAGAAGAUGAGUCAGCAGGAGCAGACCAAGAGAACCCGGCUGCUGGAGCUGGAGAGCAGGCUGCGUGAGAUGGGUCUCGAACAUGAAGAGGAGAAGCUGGAGAUCAAGAGACAGGUGUCGGAGUUGACCCUCUCCCUGCAGGAGCGCGAGUCCCAGAUUAGCAGCCUGCAGGCUGCACGUCUUGCCCUGGAGAGCCAGCUGCAGCAAGCGAAGACUGAGCUGGAGGAGACCACCGCUGAGGCCGAGGAGGAGAUCACCGCCCUCAGGAAUCACAGAGAUGAAAUUCAGCGCAAGUUUGAUGCCUUGAGAGACAGCUGCUCAGUGAUCACUGACCUGGAGGAGCAACUCACACAGCUGAGUCAGGAGAAUGCUGAGCUGAACCGCCAGAACUUCUACCUGUCCAAGCAGCUUGAUGAGGCGUCAGAUGAGAGGGAGGACCAGCUGCAGCUCAGCCAGGAAGUGGACAGGCUGAGGAGGGAGGUGGCUGACCGUGAGAUGCACCUCAACAACCAGAAACAGAACAUUGAGACACUGAAGACCACAUGCAGCAUGCUGGAGGAGCAGGUGGUGGAGCUGGAGUCUCUAAAUGACGAGCUGCUGGAGAAGGAGAGGCAGUGGGAGGCUUGGAGAGGUGCCCUGGAGGACGAAAAAAGCCAAGCCGAGAGACGCACCAGGGACCUGCAGAGACUAUUGGACAAUGAGAAGCAGAACAGGCUGCGUGCAGACCAGCGCAGCUCUGAAUCUCGCCAGGCAGUGGAGCUGGCAGUCAAAGAGCAUAAGGCUGAGAUACUGGCCUUACAGCAGGCCCUGAAGGAGCAGAGACUGAAGGCAGAGAGUCUGUCUGAUACUCUCAAUGAUCUGGAGAAGAAGCACGCCAUGCUGGAGAUGAACGCCCGCAGCUUGCAGCAGAAACUGGAGACAGAGAGAGAACUGAAGCAGAGGCUGAUGGAAGAGCAAGGGAAGCUGCAGCAGCAGAUGGACCUUCAGAAGAGCCACAUCUUCCGUCUGACCCAAGGUCUGCAGGACGCCCUGGACCAGACCGACAUGCUCAAGACGGAGAGGACCGAUCUUGAGUACCAGCUGGAGAACAUACAGGCUGUAUACUCCCAUGAGAAGGUGAAGAUGGAGGGGACCAUCUCCCAGCAGACCAAACUGAUUGACUUCCUCCAGGCUAAAAUGGACCAGCCCACCAAGAAAAAGAAGGGUAUAUUCGGGCGUCGUCGAGAGGAUGUAGGCACCACGACUAACGGGGCACUGGCUCCACAGGCUCAGCCAGCAGUUCCUAUGCAGUAUGGUGACAUGAAAAUGGCUUUGGAGAAGGAGCGCUCAAGAUGUGCAGAGCUGGAAGAGGCUCUGCAGAAGAUGAGGAUAGAGCUACGAUCCCUUAGAGAAGAGGCAGCUCAUUUUAAAGCCCAGGAACAUGUGGCUCCUUCCACGCCGGCACAGGCUCGACAUCAGAUCCUCAUGUCAGCCAUCGUUAAAUCCCCAGAGCAUCAGCCCAACCCCAGCAGCCUGCUCAACCCCUCCACCCGCUGCAAGGAGACCUCCACACCUGAAGAGUUUGGUCGUCGUGUGAAAGAGAGGAUGCAUCACAACAUUCCUCAUCGUUUCACUGUGGGCCUCAACAUGAGGGCUGCCAAGUGUGCCGUCUGCCUGGACACUGUGCAUUUUGGACGACAGGCUGCCACUUGUCUAGAGUGUCACACACUGUGUCACCCUAAAUGCUCGCCAUGUCUUCCGGCCACCUGUGGCCUGCCAGCCGAGUAUGCCACUCACUUUUCAGAGGCCCUGUGCCGAGAAAAGGCAAACUCUCCUGCGCUGCAGGUCAAAGAGGCCAGUGGGCAUGUUCGCUUGGAGGGAUGGAUGAAGCAGCCUAGAAAUGGCAAGCGUGGUCAGCAGGGCUGGGAGAGGAAAUAUGUGGUGCUUGAUGGAACCAAAGUAUCCAUCUAUGAUAGUGAGCCCAGAGAAGAUUAUAUAAAAGCUGAAGAGGAGUUUGAGCUGUGUCUGCCUGAUGGAGAGGUGACUGUUCACGGAGCUGUUGGAGCCUCUGAGCUCAUCAACACUGCCAAGUCAGACAUACCGUAUGUGUUGAAGCUGGAGUCACAUCCCCACACCACCUGCUGGCCAGGCCAGUCCCUCUACUUCAUGGCCCCCAGCUUCCCUGACAAGCAGCGAUGGGUGGCUGUACUGGAGUCUGUGGUGGCUGGUAGCCGUGGAUCUAAAGACAAAGUGGACUCUGAUGCUGCAGGUGUCUCUAAAAGACAGAAGAACCUAUCCCCUCUGGUUCAGAAACUUCUGGGCAAUUCUCUGCUGAAGCUGGAGGGUGAUGACCGUUUGGACAUCAACUGCACUCUGCCUCUCACCGACCAGAUUGUGUUGGUUGGCUCUGAGGAGGGUCUGUAUGCUCUAAACGUCAUAAAGAACUCUUUGACCCACAUCCCGGGGCUGACCUCCGUCUUUCAGAUCCAGAUCCUGAAGGACCUCGAUAAGCUGCUGAUGAUCACUGGAGAGGAGAGGGCCUUGUGUCUAGUGGAGAUCAAGAAGGUGAAACAGUCCUUAUCGCAGUCCCAUCUCCCGGCUCAGCCUGACCUCAAUCCCUUCAUCUUUGAGACCGUCAAGGGAUGCCACCUCUUCUCCUCUGGGAAGAUUGAUAAUGGGACCUGUAUCUGCGCUGCUAUGCCCAAUAAGAUUACAAUCCUGCGACAUAAUGAAAGCCUGAACAAGUUCUGCAUCAGAAAGGAGAUUGAGACAUCAGAGCCCUGCAGCUGUAUCCACUUCACUGGCUACAGCAUCAUUAUCGGCACCAACAAGUUCUAUGAGAUAGAGAUGAAGCAGUAUGUGCUGGAAGAGUUCCUGGAUAAAAACGACGUGACGCUAGCUUCAGCUGUCUUCGCCGCUUCCUCCCACAGCUUCCCCAUCUCCAUCAUCCAGGUCACCACGGCUCCCCAGAAAGACGAAUACCUGCUCUGUUUCCAUGAGUUUGGUGUGUUUGUGGAUGCAUACGGCCGCAGGAGUAGAACUGAUGAUAUCAAAUGGAGCCGUCUGCCUCUCUCAUUUGCCUAUAGAGAACCCUACCUGUUUGUAACCUACUUCAACUCUCUGGACGUUAUUGAAAUUCAGGGACACGCUGCUCUGGGACCCCACUCAUAUGCACAUCUGGACAUCCCAAACCCACGCUACCUUGGCCCAGCCAUCUCCUCUGGAGCCAUCUACCUGGCCUCUUCCUACCAGAACAAACUGCGGGUCAUUUGCUGCAAAGGAAACUUGGUGCAGAGCCAAGAAGGUGGAGGAGACCUGCAGCGCAACGGCUCCGGCCGCAGCCCUAACAAACGUGGGCCUCCUUCCUACAAUGAGCACAUCUCCAAAAGGCUGGCAGCCAAUCCCAUGGCUCACGGAGACCCUGGCACUCCUCACCGCUACAGAGAGGCUCGCACAGAGUUCCGACGGGACAAGUCUCCCAGUCGUCCACUGGAGAGAGAGAAGUCGCCCGGCAGGAUGCUGGAGAGUCGGAUAGUGGGGUCUCCAGGCAGGGCCAUGGCUGACCCCCGGUUAGAUCGCUCCCCAGGCAGGGCCAUGGCAGACCCUCGAAUGGACCGCUCUCCUGGCCGGAUGAUGGACGUUCGGAGGGAGAGGUCCCCCGGACGAUACGAGGAGCGCCAAAGGCUUCAUACUGGCUCUGGCCGCACGCCCAUAAACCCUGUUAACAAGGUAUGGGACCAAUCAUCUGUUUGAGAGACAGCAGAGCCACACAUACCCAGCAUGGACAGAGAGAAGCAUCUUUGGAAAGGGAACGGAGGGAGCAUCGAACCAGUGAGAGUGUCACCAAUUCAUGAUGAAACACUGCCACACAUGAGUUGACAUCUAAGCUGACAAACCCACAGAGGAAAACAACCGUAGCCGUCAGAACAGAGAGAGAGAGAGAGAGAACGAGACAAAUAAAUAGAUGUCAUUGGAAUCAGGUUAUUUUUCUCAAUGAACUGACCCGAGUCAAUAAAGGUCAACAAAAUGCCAUAUUUAACCAUUUUUGAGCAGGGUUUUUAGCGGUGUUCUUGAGUAUGCGCUCUGUACUCUGAGAAGGGAUUAGUAAUUCGAUUUGAUAAUAUCUUCUUUAAAAACAAAAUCUGGGAUAUGAGUUCUCAACUUCAGCCCUGACUCGGUGGGUUUUGCUAGUUUCAGUUAACUCCAGACAGUAGUGACUACGAUAGAUAAGCACAGCCGUAGCAACUUUAUCUUACAAUAUUUACCAAGUCAGUCACUAGUGAAAAUGGCAAACGUUCACUCAAACUGCAGUAUUAAUACAUCUGGCUCCUCUCCACACUCCACUCUGUCCACAGUAGCCACAGAUCAAGGCAGCAGAGUCCCGUACAGCUAACAACAUUUCAGGCUCCAGCCCUGCGCUGACAUGUCAACACACAAUCGUUAUCAGCUAAUUACAAUCAUUCUCUGCUAAUCUGUCUUCUGUUGAGACUUCAGUUGGUCGCGGUGGUCGUAGCUGGAGCACAAACAAAUUUCAAUAAAAUUUAAGUAACCAAACCCUCCCUGUAGGGCUGGGUAUCAUUUACAAUUAUAAUACCAGUACCAACACCAGUAUCGUUAAAGUGAGGAUAAUACCAACACAUUUUUCAAUUAGGGUUACAGUGGUAUGAGAUUUUCACAGUACAGUAACCGUCUCAGAAAAUAUUACAGUAUUUCACAAUUAUUAUUAUUAUCAGUCACAGUGACUCUUAAAGGGAUGAAAACAGAAGGGAUUUUUUUUUGUUUAAGACAGACCGACACUAUCUGUGCUGCAGCGAUGAUUUGGGUUCACUGGGAAGCCAACGGAGCUCUGUGGCUGGCGUCCCAGCCUUGGGGCACUUGGUGGCAAUGCUGCCUCCUUUCUGAACCCGGGGGCUUCACGGAGCUCCAUUGUUUCUGUCUGAGACAACAGGAGGUGAAAAGCAAAAGUCCCCAAGCUGGGCAGCCGACCAUGGAGUUCCGCGGGCGGCUUCCCAGCUUUGGGGCACUUCACGGUGCUUUCACUUCCUGUCUGAGCUCGACAUUCUCACCCAGUUGUGUUCUUCAGUACCAACAUUCAGCACCAAUUGAUUUAACGUGAAUUGGAACUUGGUAAUACCGAUGUAAUUUAGUACAGUACCCAACCCUAGUCGCAACCCCUGCAAAUCGACUCAUUUCAUUACUGGGAUUUGAUCAAUUCGGUCUGAUAACAUUUUUAAAGUCUAGAAGAGCCGCACCAUUAAAUCAUUUUUACCCCCUUUCAAGUUAGUUGGCAGCUGGCGAAGUGCGCUUGUUCUCUGGGGCCAACACUACGGAAGAUCCAGGUAAUCUUUUACCUGGGAAGUUGAACUUUUUUAACUUAAUGCACUACUGAGCACUUACACAGGAGUGCACAGGGCCUCGCUGCAUCCAGUUCUCUUUAUUCUUCCAUGGUAUCUUUUGACUGCAGAGGUUUCAAUAAAUCUUGGUACUGGGUUAUUUCGGUCAAAGGUAUCAAGUAGCGAUACCCAGCCCUACCUUCCCACGCUGUUGAACCACACACAACAAGAUUGUCUGCCCUUGGAUAGGUUGACACUAAAACUGCACUACCCACAAUCCCCGGCAGGACUUUCUAAUCCUUCAGAACGCUAUCUGACUGUAAAUAGACAAGACAUAAUUUUAUAUAUAUUGAGAAGGAAUUUCAAGGCUGGAUAAGCCAUGUCUAUUUUUGUUAAAGAAAAAAGUGAUAACGUGUCCUCUUGAAUGUCAAAUGAGUAUUCUUUUAAUAUGUCCAAACAUCCUUUAUCAAGUGAGUGAUUGUAUCUGGAUCCAACUCGUGUAUGCACUUCCAUCUGUCAAAGGCAAAACCUCAGUGCUGAACUAUAUGACAGGAGGGAGGGGGAAAAAAAGAUCAUGUUUGAAGCUUACAACAUAGUACUUGAGCAUUUCUUUUUGUACAAUGUCACUUAUAUUGUAUAUAACCCAAAAUUGUUAAAGGUGAAGAUGAAAAUAAUAUUUGUUUGUUUUUUUUCUGAUUUGUGAAUGGCAUGGAUAUGUAUAUCUGAAAUGAAACGGAGUGUUGUCUUCUGCUUCUGCCUCAUUUGGAUUAUAUUUUUAUUCCAUGAUUUGAUGAUGAAGCACGUGAAUAACGUAUAUUUUCUUUUAGCUCUUACCUGUUUGCACAGUAAAUUCAAACAAGUAUAAUUACUUCAGUCUCUUCUUUUACUUUUAUUAAGGCACCCUUGGCAAGUUAAACGGUCCAACCUUAAAAUCCAUCCACAUGUAUUUGGCUAUUGUUGUCAAAGUGCUUAUGCUUGACUAGUGGCUCAUUUAUGCUCACCAUUAUAUACGGACAUGGACGGAGCCUUCUGUCUGUACUCUGCGUUCAUUUCGUCCAUGUUUGUGCACAUUUUCUGAACCACCGAAGAUCGUGGGGGCAGUGUAGCGUAGUCCAAACGAGACAUGAGAGUAGGACACAACAAAGACAUUUUAAAAAUGUUGAAACGAAAAGAAUCGGUAAUAUAGCGAAAAGAGUUCUCCGUCCACGUCAGUAUAUUUAAUGUACUCACAAACCAUUGCUGUCUACAACCCCAUCGCCAUGUUGACUCCGCCCUCUAUGCCAACACAAAGGAUGCGUGGAAGUGAUGGUCAAGUUUGAAAUGAACGUUUCUAUUUUCGUAUGUAAAGGGAGAAUAAAUGAGCCUCAAGUAGAUUUUAUUUCUAUGUAUCAUAAUUUGAUAUAUGGAAAUAAGAUACUUUUGUGGUUUUCAGUGAUGUUUUUAGAAUAUAUAAUAUAAUAAAUCACACUUUAACUUGCCCAGUGUGUCUGUUAACGGUAGGGCGCUCAAUAGGAGGACGUUCCUUCAUCUCUCUGGAUCCACCGUGGUUCCUUUUAGGUGUAAAACUCUUCCUGAAUGUAUUUAAGCCAAGAGGAUAGAACUGAUUCAUUGGUCUCAGACGUUCAACAAAAAGCACCCAAUGCUACAGAUUGCACAAGUUUUCCCACUGGCCUCUACGGGAUACAAAAGGGUUUCCCCAUCCUGCUUUAUUUUUAUUAUUUUUAUAUUCUUUUUUAAUUUCUGUUCACAUGAUCCUGAAUCAUAAUGCCGUAAUGCUGGAUAUGAUAUUGAUGUCUGCUAACAAAUGUUUUAUUAGCGUUCCCUGUAGAGAUUUUGUCACAGAAUAUUAAAUAUUAUAACCAUUGUCUUUCACUUCUACUUUGCCUCGUU